AUGGAGCAGAGGCGCUCAUCACUGCUCAUCAGCUCGUGCUUGUGCUUAACACUGCUCGCCAUUACAGUAGCUGGACAGUUGUCAACUCCAGCACCAACCGUGUUCCAAAACACCAUUGCUCCAAUCAGUCCAGAUGAUCCAAGAGCAAAAGCGUUCGCAGAAGCAUCCGAUCUGCUCAAGUCGAUGAUAAACAUAUCCGCUGAUCCAUGUAAUGAUUUCUAUUCGUUCACCUGUGGUUCGUUCCACGGUGCAAAAAGUUUCGCCAGACUCACCAAAGUGAAUUAUGAAGUGAUGGCCAAUAAGAUUGAAGAUCCAGCUUACCGUAGCUCAGAGUUACCAAAGCCAAUGAAACAACUUUUCGACUAUUACGAUACGUGCAAGAAGGCAUUCAAUGACUGGAGUGCAAUAACAGCCGAUGCUGCGUUUGUGAAAACAAAGCUGUCAGAUCUGCACACCAAAACUGGCAUUACGUUCCCUGCAAUCGAUCAAACUACUGCAGAUACUCAAAUGCCAGAUAAAACAAGAAUGGGUAAAAUUAUCGGUUACAUGGAUGGUGUUCUUCGUACCCCAACACUUAUCAGCUCUUAUGUGGACACGAACUGGAGAGAUCCACACAGCCCCGAAGGAUAUUUACUACAAAUUGAUCAAUCGUCAUUAUAUUUUCCACUUUCAUAUUAUGUAAAAACAUGGGAUUCAAUCAAAGUUAAAUACGGGGAGCGAAUAGUCGAAUGGCUAAAUCAAUUAAAACCAGGACUGGAUCAAAAUAAACUGAAAAAAGAUGUUGACGACAUGCUUCAGCUCGAACUGACCAUUGCGCACGAGUUAAUGGUCGAUGACACAACCCGUCGGACGUAUGCACGAUCUUACAAUGUGUUUGCGACAAAAGACGCACAAACACAAUUCCAGUUGAUUGAUUGGCCUACGUAUUUCACUCAGCUAUCCACUUACGCUGACCAAGAUGUCCAGAAUAUGAUGAGAAAACCUCUGUUCAAUUUCAAUGUUCUCGAGCCCGCGAUGCUCAACAAAGUUGCGAAGUACAUCCAAGAUGGAAAGAUCAAAGCGCGAACAUUGAUCAAUUACUUCAAUUUCCGUGUUGUUGGUACAUUCAGCGGGUACCUGCCAUCAGCAAGUAAGACCGAGGAUGAAUUCGGUUAUAGGUCUCCAUUAGAUCCAGUCAUGAAACUAAGACAAAAAAAGCUUACACCAAUCGUUCGGGAUACCCCUAUCGCGCAAAUCACUUUUGACAUUCGCGAACAGUGUGCCGGUAAAACGGUAUGGGAUCUGCAGUACGCUAACGCACGUGUUUACAUCGAUGCAAAAUACCCAACGCCAGAAGACCGGACUCAAAUUCGGCAUAAGUUUGCAAACUUAAUGGAGACAGUACUAAUCGGUUUCCGCAGUAUGGUCGAUCAAUUAAGUUGGAUGUCGGUAUAUUCGAAGCGAGGCGCAUACGGCAAAAUCGACGAUCUCGUCAAGAACGUCGCAUAUCCUGACUUCAUCGUCAACGACCAAGAACUAACCAAUUAUUACAGUGCAUUGACAAUUUCGGCAUCUGAUAGCUAUACGCAGAUGGACGAUAAAAUUUUUGAAUUCAACCAGUAUAAAUCGUUUAAAUCACUACAAUUCAAUGGUACUCAACGAACCGACUUCCUUCAGGGUCCUGGUCUUGUGAAUGCAUGGUAUCAGAAAAUGGCAGACUGCGUUGUGACUGAAUACGGAAACUUUUGUCCACUACCAAACGACUAUCACCCACGUUGUCUUGAUGGCCACAAUACUCAAGGAGAGAAUAUCGCUGAUAAUGGAGGUAUUCACGCAGCAUAUCGUGCCUACAAAAACUACCAAAAUUUGAAUGGGCCAGAUCCGCUUUUCGACGAUCCCUUAAUGCGUCAAUUAUCGCACGAUCAACUCUUCUUCAUGGGCUUCGCACAAGUGUGGUGUCAAGAGCCACCAUCGGACGAAGCAAUCAAAAGGCAAAUUCUCAUCGAUCCGCAUAGUCCAUCGUUGUAUCGCGUUUUUGGUACAAUUCAAAACUUCCCUGCCUUCCGAAGCGCUUUCAACUGUCCACUCAAUAGCAAGUAUGCACCAGAGAAACAUUGUGACGUUUGGGUAAACCCCAUUAAAGGAAGCAUGGGUAUCCCAGAUACAGCGAAAGCUGACGAUAUACUGAAUAUUCCGAAAACGAAGCAAAUACAACCAGAUCAAGUCGACAAAUUCAACGCUUAUAUGGGUGCUGUGAACUUCUUCCAAGAAUCGAUGAACAUCAGUGCUGACCCAUGCAAUAACUUUUACGAAUAUGUUUGUGGUAGUUAUAAAAAGGGAUUGAGUUUUCGAUACGGUGAUAUGCAGAAUUUCAAUACAUUGGGAUCAUUAAUGGAAUCACCGAAAUAUGAAAAGUUUUCGAAUCCUAUGUCUGCAGUGGAUAAAACUGUUGCGUUCUACAAGAAGUGCAAAAAGACACGUUCUGAUUUCAACGCGUACAUUAGUGAUGGAAAAAUAAUAAAAUCCAUAAUUGACGACUUCCAACGAGCAAGCGGAUUGCAAUUCUCAAUGAUAACCUCUCAAAGCCAUCAGGGAUCACAACAAUUAGAUCCAUCCGUACUCGGUAAAGCAGUUGGUUUCUUGAGUUCAGAAGGGGUUCAUACACUCCUCACGCCACUGGUUGAUACGGAUUGGAAGACCGCCAAAACAUUCACAUUGUUCAUCGAUCAAAAUACUCUGUAUUAUGCGAAGACCUACUACACGGAAGUUGCAUGGCCCACGACGAUCAAAACUUACAAGGACGAUGUGAUCGCUUUGUUGACCGAUUAUGCCAAACUUAUCAAGGCGACGAUCGAUCCGAGUAAACUGAGCGAAGACGUUGAUAAACUUCUAGAGCUUGAAGUGCAACUCGCACGGAAAUAUAGCACUGAUGAUACAACUCGUCGACAAUAUGCACGCUCGUGGAAUUUAGAAACUGUAAAUAAGGCAAACAGUGACUAUCCAUUCAUCAACUUCGAUGAUUAUUUUGCUGCAUUAGCAUCAAAAUACCCCGACCUUGCUACAUUCUUCAAACAGCCCGAUUUCAAGUUCUCAGCAAUGGAACCUGAAAAGUUCAAACUAUUGAGUGAUCAAUUUAGUGAUCAAUUUGAUCCUAAUGUUGUGGUCAACUAUUUGUUCUAUAGACUUCUAGCUGCAAAUAGGGAAUUUUUGCCGAGAAGUGCGAGUCACUUGACACGAACGAUUGAAGAAGAAGAUGAAAUGUUGAGUGGAUUUGGUCGCAGACCACGAAAAUUCGGCAGAAAGUUCGAGUUGAGAACGGCGGCACGAUACAAGGACGUACAAACGCAGUGUGCUUAUGAGGCGGUUUAUGCGAUGCAGUAUUCGACUGGAAGAAUUUUCGUCGAUUACCUUUACCCGGAUAGAGCCGCAGUGAAACGCAUCAACGAGUCAGCGAACGCAAUAAUGCACAACAUCCUCAAGUCAUUCCAAGGAAUGUUAGAUCGUCUGAAGUGGAUGGAUGAAAAGUCAAAGAAAGUCGCAUAUGAAAAGAUAACAGAAAUCGCGGUGAAUGUCGUUUUUCCACCGUUUAUUGCUGACAACAUUAAAUUGAAUGAUUAUUACGAAACGCUUACAAUCGACCCUGCUUCUGACUAUAUCGAUAUGAAGAAAGCGUUGAAUCUGUUCAACUUCAUUGAAACCUACAAAGUUAUCGUGGAUAACACCGCAGUGGAUCGUCAUCAAUUCUUCCUACCACCGGCUGUCAUUAACGCUUGGUAUCAGCCCGAAAUGAAUUCAAUAACGUUCCCGGCUGCUAUUCUACGACAACCAUUUUAUGACGAAAAUUGGCCAGCAUCAUUGAAUUACGGUGGAUUUGGAUUAGUAUCAGGCCAUGAGCUGACACACGGCUUUGAUGAUCAAGGUGUACAGUGGAAUGGAAUUGGUCAACUUGAGGAUUGGCUGACGCCUGAGUCGGCGAGAGGAUUUAAAGCGAUGGCAGACUGUGUUAUAAAAGAAUAUGACGGAUUUUGUCCACUAAAAGGCACUGGUAAAGAACCAGAGUGUGUUAAUGGCGAGCAAACGCAAGGUGAAAACAUCGCGGACAAUGGAGGUAUUCAUGCUGCGUGGCGUGGUUACAAGGACCAUGUGGCGUUGAAUGGUCCCGAUCCGCAACUACCGGAUCCACUGUUGAGCAAGCUCACUCACGAUCAGCUCUUCUUCAUGAGUUUCGGGGCUGUUUGGUGUGAGAUUCCACGAGAUACCGAAGCACUUUACAAACAAAUUAUGACAGAUCCGCACAGUCCAUCGAAGUAUCGUGUCUGGGGUACAAUCGAGAACUUCCCAGCUUUCCGCGAGGCUUUUAACUGUCCAGUUGGUACCAAAUAUACACCUGCAAAGCACUGCUCUGUUUGGGUACCAAAGCCGGCACCUCUACUUUGA